UGAAAACAAUGCAACAGAAAACAAGAUGGCGACUUCGAAUGAGGAUGUUAAUGAUAGGGCUUCUGCUGCUGGGGCCUCUAACAGCGAACAGUCAAGUGCAAACGCAAAUUUUGAAUGUAAUAUUUGUCUCGACACCGCUAAAGAUGCGGUUAUCAGUUUCUGUGGGCAUUUAUUUUGCUGGCCAUGUCUUCACAAGUGGCUAGAAACCCGGCCUAACAAAUCAGUGUGCCCAGUUUGCAAGGCAGGUAUCAGCAAAGAUAAAGUCAUUCCACUGUAUGGUCGAGGAAGCACCAAUCAGGAGGACCCCAGAGAGAAAAUGCCACCAAGACCUCAAGGAAGAAGACCAGAACCAGAAAAUAAUGGGGGUUUCCCUGGUUUGGGAGGAUUUGGUGAUGGAUUUCAACUUUCAUUUGGUAUCGGGGCAUUCCCAUUUGCUUUCUUCUCAACGACAUUUGGUGGUCAAGGACAGACUGCAGCACCACCAGGAUCACCUCAAGCAGAAGAUGAGCAGUUUCUAUCCAAGCUGUUUCUUUGGGUUGCAUUCUUGUUUAUGUUUUGGCUUUUAAUUGCAUGAUCAUUAUGUACUCUUGUAUUUAGUGAUAAGAGAGCUAGUUCAGGUCCCCUAAGCUGAAUGUCAGUGUCAAUAGAAAAAAGAGAAGAGCUAAUGUAGCAAACACAUAACCUGAACUACUAUAUGUAGCAUAAUCUACAAAUCAAUCCAGCACAGAUAGAUGGGUAAAUGGUUAUUGGCAGUUUUGUUUAAUGCAUUUUUGAAGCAAAAAAAUAACUAAUCAAAACUUAAGUUUCUGGGCUGCACUAGAUUAAAUAUUAUUUUGAAUAACCAUAGCAGUGUUAUAUUUGAGGUCCUUAUAUAUGUCUGCUUUGAAAGGUUGUGGAUAAACUAGAAAGAUAGGAAUGUCGUUACUCUGGUGUAAUGUAUAACUGUGUGAUAGAUUUUUCAAGUGAAUUGUAUAGCGUGAGAUUAGUGUUGCACAAGCAACAAGUAAUAUAGUGACAAAGGUUGAAAAGUAGGGACUAAAUGGUUACAAAUGAACAUAGAAAGAUAACAGAAUUACUGUGAUAGCUCUUUCAAGUGUCAGUUGUACAUACCAUGUGAGAUUUGGUGUAGUCACAAAUUAACACAAAUGUAGGUGGAUUCCACAGAUUAAGUUAAAAAAUAGAUUCCAUGCUGCUGUACUUAUGUUCAGUAAUAGACUACAGAUGACAUAAAAUGUGGCAAUAACAAAAAAGUGGCACUUGAGUUGCAGCCGGGUGUGUUACGGAUACCAUUAUUACAUUUGAUGUCUCCUGUGAUCUAUUUCUUUACAGACUCAGGGCAGCUUGGAGUUAAUUCGUUUUAUAUGAUAACAAAGAAAAAAGUUGUUAAUGGUGAUGUCAUCUAUACAUCUGUCCCUCAGUAGAUCAUAAGUAAGAACCAAUUAAAACGUGUGUAUAGUUCAUUUUAUGAUAUAAAGUGAAAUAUCUCAUGAGGUGAAAGUCCAUAGCAAGACCUUAUAGACUGAUAUUAAUACUAAACUAAGAGAUACAGUUAGAACUCAAAAACAGUUUAUUUGAGGUCUUUAAAUCAUGCUGAUCUUUUAAAACAAACCGAUUCUGAUCAUUGUUGUAGGUUUGUGAUGAAUGAAAGUAAAUUGGGGAAAAACCCACUUUGUAUGA